AUGCCGCGACCGCAAUCCAUUCGGUCCCUCCAGAUGCCCUCGCGCCAUCAGGACGCAGGCGGCCAUGUCUUUCCCAGUGUGCCGCCUUCGCCCUCGCUAUCCACAACCACACGAGCCUCGCUUCUUGACUUCCCGUCUCGGCCCGCGAUCCUCGUCACCCGCGCCGACCUCCGCGCCUCGCUUGCCGCCUACGAAGCCCUGCUCGCCUCGGCCAAAGCCUACACCUCUGCGAUGCUCUCCAUGUCCAAAGCCUCCUCCGACCUCGCCUGUGCACUCGAAACCUGCGCUCGUGUCAAAGGCGCCCACGACUCUGGCCCGGGUCUUCAAGCCGCCUCCGGCCUCCAUUUCCUCAAGAGUAACUACGAACAGGUUCUCUGCGACACAUUCUGGAAGGACUUCUCCAUCCCGCUCCUCAGCCACUACGACACCUACCGAUCCGCAUGCACCGAUCGCCAGGUGCUGCACGACAAAGCCGUCGCGCAAAAGUCCAAGGAGCUCAAGGAGGCAGAAGCGAGGAACAACCGCGCAGGUCGCAAGAAGGAGCGCGAUCUCAACUCCUUCCGCCGCGCACUGGCAGAGUUGCAAUCCCACGUAGACGCCAUCGACGAGCUCAAGGCGCAGUACUACAACGAGGUGCUGGAUGCCGAGCAGGAGGUGUGGUCGUUCAUCGAGAGCAAGGUGGCGCUGGUCGUACGGUCGCAGAUUGAUGUUUCGGAGAGGAUCAGUUCAAAAGGGUUGAAUGAUCCUGUACUGGAACAGAUGCUGGCGACGAUUCCGGAUCCGUUCGGUAGCUACGGUCCGCCGAAACAGGAUGGCGAGAUCUUUAGCAUCCUUCCACCCAUCUCGUUGAUCAGUUCGGGAGCGAAUAGCGUCCACAACACGAGCACCGAGGCGGCGACCAACGAUACGAGCGCUACGGACGUCGACACCACGUCGGAGGAUGUCAAGCCUGCUUCUGGCGGUCCUGCCAACGGGGCGUAUAAGACCAAGAGCGUCCUGCCCGCCAACAUCAUGUCGCCGUCAACGCCGAGCAAGGGACUCACCCGCGCUGGUCUUACAAGGAACGGGUCCGCUUCGGCUACGCCCACUCGUGCAUCUCAAUCCGCAGCUGACGAUCUGCCUGCCUCAUCCACGCCGAGGGGAGAGCAAGCUACCAACGCCGCGUCGGGCUCGACUGCGACACCCAAAGCGCAAGCAGCCAAGGGCGGUCCCUCGCUCAACGGCCCCACUCAUCUCGCGCGCGACUCGCUGCUCGGCCUAUCCGCUGUCUCGGAAGCAACAACCUCUGUGUCCACCUCGGACGGCAGCCCACACACCGCUUCCGGCGGGCUCUUCGGGUCGGAGAGCAUGGACUUUGAAGAGCUCCUCUCGCAGCCUCCCAAAGCCACCGUCGGGCCUAACACCGAUGCGAGCCAGGCGGACGACCAAUUCGACCCACAGUCCGAUGCUCAGUCAGCCGAAGCGUCCAGUGUGACCGCGACAGCAGCGGGGAGACUCCGUCAAGUGCUGAGCAUCAUCGAGGAGGACACCAACGGACCGCUCAGCAAGGCUGCUCAGAUGGGCACGGCGUCGAGACCCGUUUCGUCGGUGUACGAUGCCGGACCGGACCCGUUUGCUGAUCGCGAUGAGGCGGUGGCAGGUUCGAACGACGACAAGCCGCUACGUGACAUUGCCAAUGAAGGAAACUCGCGUCAUCGUCGGACGAGCUCCAAGUUGAGCAUCGACUAA